AUGCUAGGCAACCACGAUCCGUACCCAGCCAAUCAAAUGCCGUAUGAUACAGACAAUACCGCAUACUACAAGGGUAUCUUGGAAAAGAGUCACUGGGAUUCGGUUCUUAGAGCGAAUGAAAGCAGGCAAUUUCACAAUGGCGGCUAUUACAGCGCCACAAUCUCUGAGAAACUGCGGUUAAUAGGACUUAACACGAACCUAUACUACGACCAGGACCGACUAACUAAGGACCUGCCGGACCCGGCGCAGCACUUGGACUUCCUGGAUAAACAACUACAGGAGGCGCGCAAACACAACCAGAUGGUAUACAUAAUAGCGCACGUUCCACCUGGCGUCUUUGAGUUAGGGAGCGGACUGACCUGGUUCUACCCCAAGUAUAACAAACAGUACCUCGAGAAACUCGAGGAAUUUGCUGACAUCAUCUCCCUCCAAUUGUACGGACACGAACACACGGACAGCUUCCGGGUGCAGUUUGACGCUGAAGGGAAGCUAAUAAGCAUGAUGCUGCUGGCACCCGCAGUGACCCCCUGGAAAAGCACACUCCCGGGGGUUGGAACAAACAACCCGUCCAUCCGGCUGUUCAAGUAUGAUCGGGAUAAUGGGGUGGCCCAGAACUACGUGCAAUACUAUCUUAACCUCACUGCAGCCAAUAUUAAAGGCACUGGUGACGACUGGCAGAAAGAAUACGAUACAUCAGACGUGUAUGCCUUAGACGAGCUACGCCCCGCCAAGUUACAUGAGCUUGCCCGCGCGUUCACCGAUCGCAGUAACAAGCUGUUUCAACACUACCUUCAAUACAACAGCGUUCUUUGGGCGGGAAAUACCGAAUGCAACGAAACUUGCCAUUUACAUCAUCUCUGUGCAAUAACUCAGUUAGACUAUGACAAUUUCCGAACAUGUAUAUCAGGCGGCGUGACCACGCACCACCCCACCCAAACGACUCACCACCACCCCCACCGAUCAACCCCCCAGCCCCAGGUGCCCACGUAUAUGUUUUACCUCAUAGGGGGUCUAGCUGCUGUUGUGUUCCUUCUCUUCCUACUUGUGGCGUGUAUGUGUCUGAGAAAGGGGAGACGUCUACGGGCGCCCCGGUACGCCAAAUUUGGUUCCUUAUCCCUAAAUAGCUGA